CUGGGAAAGAGAAGUGGAGAUUAUAGCUAACAGCCACGAUAGGCCCACUGCGUCCCUUUGUUCACAGGACUAAAUUCGUACAUUUCCUGAACAGGAUCGGAGUCUGGUGCAUGGAACUGACUAUUUUCUUUUGAAUUUUUGCCUUCAAUUUGAUCGAAACGAUGGGAUGGAAAGGGAUGUUGUUUACCCUGAUGCUUUUUCUCGGUGCAGUACACGGGCAGGUCAGCUACUCCAUUCCAGAGGAGAUGUCAAAGGGGGCACUGAUCGGCAAUAUAGCUCAGGAUUUAGGUAUAAGUGGGGAAAGACUGAAAUCUGGUAAAGCUCGAAUAUAUACUGGAAACACGGAGGAGUAUAUUGAGCUGAAAAGAGAAAAAGGAGUCCUCCUUAUUAAGGACAGGAUAGACAGAGAAUCUCUCUGCGGACAAACAAUGCCUUGCGCACUUGAUUUUCAGAUGAUUCUCGAAAAUCCAAUGGAGUUUUACACGGUUACUGUCGAAAUUACGGAUAUAAACGACAACCCACCUACGUUUGAGAAGAGUGAAAUGAAAUACGAAAUUGCCGAAUCGGCCCUCACGGGAGCUCGGUUCCUCUUAGACAAAGCCAUAGACGAUGAUGUUGGUAUUAAUGGGUUGAGCAGCUACACCCUUAAACCGAGUGAUAAUUUUGCACUGAAAACGAUAACACGAGGAGAUGGGAAUAAACAUGUGGAGAUGGUUUUACAGAAACCACUAGACAGAGAGAAACUUGAACAUUUAUCCUUAAUUUUAAUCGCUGUUGAUGGCGGAGAACCACAGCUCUCCGGGACAAUGCAGAUCGACAUAACUGUAUUAGAUGUAAACGACAAUGCCCCGGUUUGCUCAAAGCCCGAAUACAAGGCAAGUGUUACAGAAAAUGCGCCACUUGGCACUGCCAUAACGACAGUAAGAGCCACAGACAUAGAUAAAGGAAAUAAUGGAAAAGUUACAUAUGUAAUACCCAAAUCUACGGCAGCAAAUCUCUUUCAAAUCGAUGCUGAUAGCGGAGUAUUAACGUUAAUUGGGAACAUUGAUUAUGAAAAAAGGAGAAUUUAUGAGGUAGACGUCCAAGUAUCCGAUCAGGGAGGUUUAUCUGAUGCAUGCAAGGUUUUUGUAGACGUAACAGACGUAAACGACAACCCUCCAAACAUUAACAUAAUGUCUAAAUCCAACACAGUGUCGGAGAACGUUAAACAUGGAACGGUUGUGACGAUGCUUAAUGUACAAGAUCCAGACUCAAAUGAGAAUGGUAAGGUCACGUGUGUUUUAAAUGAAAAUAUUCCUUUUGCCAUUAAAAUAACAACAAAUAAUUUUAUUACUAUUGUGACUGAGAGUGAUUUGGACAGAGAGAGAUCAACUGAGUAUAAUGUAACUGUGACCUGCUCUGAUGAAGGAGUACCCUCCCUCUCCAGCAGCGUCACUCUCACCUUACAGAUCUCUGAUGUCAAUGAUAACCCUCCUGUCUUUGAGAGGAGCUCAUAUGAGGCCUACAUUGUAGAAAACAACACACCAGGUCUCUCUAUAUUCACAGUCAAAGCCACAGACUCUGACUGGAACCAGAAUGCCCGUGUUUCUUACAUACUGGAGGACUCCUCUGUUAACGGAGUGCCAGUCUCCUCAUAUGUGUCCGUUAGUGCUGAUAGUGGAGUCAUCCAUGCAGUGCGUUCUUUUGACUACGAGCAGAUCAAGGAUUUCCACUUCCGGGUCAAAGCUCAGGAUGGAGGCUCCCCUCCACUCAGUAGUAAUGUGACUGUGAAAAUAAUGAUCCAGGACCAGAACGACAACGCCCCUCAGGUUCUGUACCCAGUCCAGACUGGUGGCUCUCUGGUGGCUGAAAUGGUGCCUCGUUCAGCAGAUGUGGGCUAUCUGGUCACUAAAGUGGUGGCUGUUGAUGUGGACUCUGGACAGAACGCCUGGCUCUCCUAUAAACUGCAGAAAGCCACAGACAGGGCGCUGUUUGAGGUGGGCUUACAGAAUGGAGAAGUCAGAACUAUCCGCCAAGUCACUGAUAAAGAUGCAGUCAAACAAAGACUGACUGUUAUAGUGGAGGACAACGGACAGCCCUCUCGUUCAGCUACAGUCAUUGUUAACGUGGCGGUGGCGGACAGCUUUCCUGAAGUGCUGUCUGAGUUCACUGACUUUACACACGACAAGGAGUACAAUGAGAACCUGACUUUUUACUUAGUGUUGGCUUUGGCUGUAGUUUCCUUCCUCUUCAUCACGUGUGUGGUGGUCAUUAUAUCAGUGAAAAUCUACAGAUGGAGACAGUCUCGCAUCCUGUAUCACUCCAAUCUGCCAGUGAUUCCAUAUUAUCCACCACGUUACUCCGACACUUUGGGGACAGGGACUCUCCCACACGUGUACAACUACGAGGUGUGCAGGACGACUGACUCCAGAAAGAGUGACUGUAAGUUUGGCAGAGCUGGUAGUCAGAACGUGCUGAUAAUGGACCCCAGUUCAACAGGGACGAUGCAGAGGAUACAGAGUGAAAAGAGCAUCCUGGAUGAACCAGACUCUCCACUAGAGGUUAGACGUUCUAAAAUAUCAAUAAUGCGUUAGUCAGUCAGUCAGUCAGUUUGUUUGUUUGUUAGACGAGCAUGAUGCACCAAGAGACUUAUUUAUGGUAGAGAAAAACUUAGUAAUAAUGUUGUCAUUGUCAUUAAUGGUAUUGUAACAGUCAUGAUAUCUUUUAGGUGACAAGAACAUUAGAAGUAAACUAUUAUUUGCUGAAAGUCGUUAAACUUCUCCGUAUAGGUUAUGAUAUCACGUGGUGUUUGGUUAUGCAGUGUGUGACUUCCUUUGCUUCAUGAUUUCAAAGAAAAAUAUUAUUAAUGAAGCUGCUGCUUACUAUGUCUGUUGAUAUUUUCAAAGCUCUAAUUAAGAUCUCGUCCUUUAUUGUUUGUGUAUGAAUGGUUUUAGCUAUUUGUGAAGAAACACUGAAAUGGUUAAGUGGACAUAUUUCAAAAUAAUUUUAGCAGUAUAACAUAUAUUAUCAGUUUAUUAUAUUCUAUUUGCAAACUGUGACUUUCUAAUCUCUUCCCGAGCCUGAUUUACCUCAUUACACAGUAUAGUGACAAAAUCAUGUCUUUAAAGUUUUUAAAUUGUGUUUCCUGGAUUCAUCAUCUGCCUUUCCGCAUAACUCUUAAUUUUCUGUUUGGUGUUAAUGUCUCUCUCUCUCUCUCUCUCUCUCUCUCUCUCUCUCUCUCUCUCUCUCUCUCUCUCUCUCUCUCUCUCUCUCUCUCUCUCUUACUCUCUUAAUACAAUUAUCAUUUUUAGUUGAUUAGUUUUCCGAGCUAGUUUCCCUUUUCCCACUUUCGGUCUCAUUUUAUAUACAUGCAGUCUUUGAAACACUUGAAAUAACACUGAAAUGUGUGUAUAUGCUUUAAACUGUAAUUUUAUUACAAUACUUAAAGGAGACUGUACCAUAUGUUACUUGAUGUAUUCUAACAAAAUUGCCAAAUAGUGUACAUUAAACGUCUGUAGUUUGAUUUGAGACAGUCUGUAGUUUUAUAAAAUGAACUCUUAGGGCCGCUGUUGACCAGUGUUCACUGCUGCUUUGACGACUGUUCCAGCACCUCCCAUUUAAUACCGUCAUAAGGAGAAAGACCACGACGGGGAAAACUGGGCUAUUUGGGUCGUGUGUGAUAUUAUUGGAAAAUACUCUAACCUCGGAUAUAUAACCUCGGAUAUUUGUUUUUCUUCCGUAGUUUUAUGAUUUCUUGAUUUGGUCGUUUUUGAAUGGAUGUAAGGAAGAUUUUUGUUGGAAUGUAAAAAAAAAAAAAAAAAAAAAAAAAA